AUGCUUCCACCCUCUGAGGAUAUAUACUUCAGAAAUACAGCGUUCUUCGCCAGUGGAAAUUCAUCUUUACCCACUCCUGCCGAUGUUCGCCGAGCUGCAGGACCCAAAGCGACAUCGAACAGACCGACUCCUGUCGCAUUUUCUGCCUUGAAUCUCAUCGUCAAAUACGGCCCAACAAUAACUAUCACCGAGGGACAGUGUUUAUGGGCGAUAAAACACUUACUUCCCAGUGUGCCCGUUCCAGAAGUAUAUGGCUGGUGUCGGGAGCAAGGGGAGACGUUUAUCUACAUGCAACUAGUCGAGGGCGUCACCUUGGAACAGGCCUGGCCAGAUUUUGACAUAGAACAUAAAUAUGAGAUUUGCCUGCAACUGCAACGGAUUCUCGAUGAUGUGCGCCAGCUCAAACAAGAUCCAACUUCCCCAUUUAUCGGAGAUAUCAACCAAGAGCCUCUGCAUGAUGUGAUGUUCCAGACCAAUCAACCAGCCGGUCCUUUUUCAAAUGUUCCAGCGUUCAAUGAUUGGCUUGCGACGCUUAGAUGUCGUGCACCUCCGGGUGUGGAUGUAGACACAGGUCCCUGGCGUUCUGGAUUACUUGAUGAUAUUCCCAUUGUCUUCACCCAUGCUGAUUUGUAUCGCAGCAACAUCAUGGUAUGCCAAGACGCAAAUGGUAUACCCCGCAUUACAGCGAUUAUCGAUUGGCACCAAUCAGGAUGGUAUCCAGCUUCAUGGGAGUUCUACAAAACGCGUCUCACGUGCAAGCUACCAGCAAAUGAUCAGUGGGAACUUGAAUUCGUAGUAGAGUUUCUACAGUCUUACCGGGGAUAUAUCGCUUGGGAGUAUUUGUUACAAGGGGUCGGUCUUUAG